AUGGUUAAAAUCUUGCAUGUUUUCUGCCCUUUCAGCUCGACCCAAGCUGCGGCCACGAGUUUCUCUUGUCAGGGUUGGUGCGCUGCUCCCGAUAGCUGGGCCGUCGCUGUGAUUGGUGUCCUGGAGCGCUGA